AUGGAGAAUUUUAUUGCUUGUAUACAGGAGAAUGUUAAGUGUAGUUGAUCCAAAGACCCCAUCUACUUCUGUCAUGACAACUUAUCCCUCCUGUGUGAAGAGUGUCGUUCUUCCUGCUAUUCCUGAUUGCCAGUUGAACCUCUCUCUUUCCUCUCAGAUCUUCCUGGUUUGCAAUCUAAAGUUAGUGGGUUGUUGAAUGGGCUGAAGGAGGAGAUGGAGAUGGGGUAUUGAGAGAAUGAAGAGGGGUUUAUGACCAGUCAGAAGGAUUUUGAGAGAAGGGAGUUUUGGUUGGAUGAUUGUUAUUAUGAGUUCAAAAUGAUUAUUGAGAGGAAAGAUAUCGCUCUUUCUGAAGUUGAGAAGAAGGAUGCAGCUCUAGAGAACAGCAAAUUAAGCAUAAGCAAUUAUUUUGGCAAUUUCAUGAAUGGAUUUAAAGAAGAGAAAAAUAUAAUACUAUAAUGAUCUCUUGAUAAAAAGUAAUCAAACCCCAUAUUCGAACC